GGUCGGGCGUUCGAACAUCGGAAAAUUGACUAGGAAAUUUUAUUGGCAGAAAAUCCUAGCGGUUUUCUCGCCUUUUCUGUGUAAUUAGCUCGUGCAGGACUUUCUCGUAGACCCUGAACUGUUUUCGGCCCUUCCUCAAUCGAUACUGUGUCGAUCGAAGGCUCCAGGGCUGCUAAAAAGUGUUUGAACGGCGAGAGGUCGGCCGUGACCCCUACUCUCCCCAUCGGCUGGUGUUGACGCCCGCCAGCAGCCAUCAUGGGUGAGCCUGACGAGGUAGACCAGGCGCUGCCGUACCGCGGCACGGACAUGAGCGACUACGGGAUCCCCUUGGACGACCUGAAGGAGCUGAUGGAAGUCCGCGGGACCGAGGGCAUCGCUGAAAUCGAACAGAAGUACGGAAGUGUCACAGAGAUAUGCAAACGUCUCAGGACGUCUCCUACAGUAGGUCUAGAAAACAAUCCUAAGGAGUUUGAGCGACGAAGACAAGUUUAUGGCUCGAAUAUUAUCCCACCAAAACCACCAAAGACAUUCUUGCAGUUAGUAUGGGAAGCUCUGCAGGAUACUACACUGAUUAUUCUGGAGAUUGCAGCCAUUAUUUCACUAGGCUUGUCAUUCUACAAACCAUCCAUGGAUGUUCAGGACCAACUGGGAGGAGGAGAUGAGUCGGAGGAGAAGGCCGGAUGGAUCGAGGGCGUGGCCAUUCUUGUUUCUGUAGCAGUAGUCGUUUUUGUAACAGCAUUCAAUGACUGGUCCAAAGAAAGGAAGUUCAGAGGGCUGCAGAACAAAAUUGAGGGCGAGCAUAAAUUUGCUGUCAUCAGGAGUGGAGAAGUAAUCCAGAUCCCUGUAGGAGAAAUAGUUGUUGGUGACGUCUGUCAAGUCAAGUAUGGUGACUUGUUACCUGCGGAUGGCCUGGUGGUACAGUCCAAUGACCUCAAAGUGGAUGAGAGCUCACUAACCGGAGAGUCGGACCAUGUGAAGAAAGGAGAAUCAAGGGAUCUCCACCUCUUGUCAGGUACCCAUGUGAUGGAGGGCAGUGGCAAGAUGGUGGUGACAGCGGUUGGCUUGAGCUCACAGAGUGGGAUCAUCUUCGCUCUUCUGGGAGCCACGGCAGCAGAUAAACCUGCCGGGGGCAAGGACGACACAUGGAUGGAGCCAGAGACUAACCCUGGUUCAUCAGUACCAAAACCUACUGAAAUCACCCAAAAUGAUAUCAAGAUGGCAUGGAAGGGAAAGAAGGCGAAAAGCAUUGAGGAUGCAAACCCUGCUCCUAAGGCUGCAGCUCCACUAGAUCCGAUCGGGGCCUCCCCUAGCAAGGCGGACGGGCGCCUGCCCCCCCUGCAGAACGCGCCCCAGCCGCCCGCCAUGGAGCUGAAGGAGGUGAGCCUGAGGGACGAGCCUGACGGGAAGGUGGACUCUCCCACCGCACCCAGCUCUCCCGGGGAGGAGGCGGACGGAGCCGUGAAGCAGUCCAAGUCAACCAGCUUCCCCAGGAAGGAGAAGUCUGUCCUGCAGACCAAACUCACCAAGCUGGCUGUGCAGAUUGGAUAUGCAGGGUUUGCUGUGUCCGUCCUGACUGUCAUCAUCCUGAUCAUCACCUUCUGUGUCAACACAUUUGCCAUCCAGGGGCUACCCUGGAACAACUACUACAUCCAGUUCUUUGUCAAGUUCUUCAUCAUCGGUGUAACCGUCCUGGUGGUGGCUGUACCUGAGGGUCUACCUCUUGCUGUGACAAUCGCUCUGGCAUAUUCUGUCAAGAAAAUGAUGAAAGACAACAAUUUGGUACGCCACUUGGACGCCUGUGAAACUAUGGGAAAUGCAACAGCCAUCUGCUCUGACAAGACAGGUACCCUGACCACCAACCGCAUGACAGUCAUGCAGAUCUUUGUCGGAGAGAAGCACCACAAGUCUGUGUCGGACUGCGCCAGCCAAAUCCAACCUAAAGUCAUGGACUUACUAGUGGAUGGAAUUGCCAUCAACAGUGGCUACACCUCCAGGCUCCUGCCACCAGAGGAUGAUCGAGAGGGAGGGCUUGCCAAGCAAGUUGGGAACAAGACAGAGUGUGCCCUGCUGGGCCUAGUGGUGGGACUGAACAAGGACUAUCAGGCUGUCCGUGACGAGUGGCCCGAGGAACGUCUCUACAAAGUCUACACAUUUAACUCUUCCCGCAAGUCCAUGAGCACUGUCGUCCAGAAGGAGGAUGGCACUUUCAGACUGUAUUCCAAGGGAGCUUCUGAGAUCAUGCUCAGGAAGUGCACCAAGAUUCUGGAUGCCAAUGGUGAGGAACAGGACUUCACCCCUCACAACCGCGACACUCUCAUCAAGAAGGUCAUUGAGCCCAUGGCCAGCGAGGCACUGCGGACCAUCUGUAUGGCGUACCGUGACUUUGAUCCGGCGGACGGGGAGCCAGAUUGGGAAUCUGAGAAUCUCAUCGUCUCGAACCUGACUGCAAUCGCUAUCACUGGCAUUGAGGACCCAGUCAGAGAUGAGGUGCCAGCAGCCAUUAAGAAGUGCCAGAGGGCAGGGAUCACUGUGCGCAUGGUGACGGGGGACAAUAUCAACACAGCACGUGCCAUAGCCAUCAAGUGUGGCAUCCUGACUCCUGACGAAGACUUCAUUAUCCUGGAUGGAAAGGAGUUCAACAGGAGGAUCAGGAAUGAAAAGGGAAUGAUUGAGCAGGCACGGAUCGACAAACUCUGGCCCAAGCUGAGGGUUCUGGCUCGCUCCUCCCCCACAGACAAGCACACCCUGGUGAAGGGAAUCAUUGACAGCACCAUCAGUGAGAAUCGGGAGGUGGUGGCUGUGACGGGGGAUGGAACCAAUGAUGGCCCAGCCUUAAAGAAGGCUGAUGUUGGCUUUGCCAUGGGCAUUGCUGGCACUGAUGUGGCCAAGGAGGCAUCAGAUAUCAUCCUGACAGAUGAUAACUUCACCAGUAUUGUCAAGGCUGUGUUGUGGGGACGAAACGUCUACGACAGCAUCUCCAAAUUCCUACAGUUCCAGUUGACUGUCAACGUAGUAGCUGUUAUUGUGGCCUUUCUGGGAGCCUGCAUUGACAAUGACAGUCCUUUGAAGGCAGUUCAGAUGCUGUGGGUCAAUUUGAUCAUGGACUCCUUCGCCUCAUUGGCCCUUGCCACUGAGAUGCCUACUGAGGAGCUGUUGCUACGGAAACCGUACGGGCGCACCAAGCCCCUGAUCUCCAGGACUAUGUGUAAGAACAUCCUGGGCCAUGCUGUCUACCAACUCAUCAUCAUCUUUACCAUCCUGUUUGCAGGUGAGUACAUUUACGACAUCGACAGUGGGCGCGGAGCAGCCCUGCAUGCUGCACCCAGUCAGCACUUCACCAUCGUCUUCAACACCUUUGUGAUGAUGCAGAUCUUCAAUGAGAUCAAUGCCCGUAAGAUCCACAACCAGCGCAACGUCUUCUCUGGCCUCUUCACCAACCCCAUCUUUUGCUCCAUUGUGGUGGGGACCUUGAUUGCUCAGAUCUUCAUCGUUGAGUUUGGUAGCGUUGCUUUCAGCACGACUAAUCUGACUAUAGACCAAUGGGGAUGGUGUGUCUUCCUCGGAAUGGGAGAACUACUAUGGGGCCAGGUGCUGGCAUUCAUCCCAACCAAGAAGCUGCCACGAAGCCUGACCAUUGGUGGCGGGGAGCCCGAGGCAGACAUGGUCUCCAUCGCAGACAUCGACGAGCCCGACGCGAUCGAGAGCAUGACGGAACUGCGACGAGGUCAGAUCUUGUGGAUCCGUGGUCUGAGCAGAAUCCAGACUCAGAUCCGUGUUGUGAAUACAUGGAGAAGCACGCUUUACGAAGGUCUAGACAAGACUAGACGAGACACAUCGAUCCACGAUUUCAUGAGCACUCCAGAGACCCACUCUAUCGAUUUCAUGAAUGCCAACGGUGGGGACACAACCGAUGGAGGACUUUCUGGGCUCUCUUCUGCCAACAACAGGUCUAGCAGAUCUCUCCAUAGUUAUGAAACUACCAUAUGAGAUGGAGAAUACUUAGCUGCUUGGGACAGGUCAUGUUGCAUCUCCUAUGUGGGACCUGGGAAGACCUGGCUUACCUAACUACCUGCGUUAUCUUUGCGUGCUUCUCCAUGGUUACACAAAGAACCCAUAGCCCUUCUUUCCCAGGUCCCCCUUUCCCUACAUAUUGUUUUUAUAACGUUUCUUUUCUGUACAUCAUUGUCUGCUUUUCCUGGUGUUCUGUUUCCAGGUUUUGAUAAGUUGUUAUCACUUACGGUUUCCUCUCAGUAGUGCAGAACUGACUUAGAUGAGUAGAUGCAGGGAAGUGAUUAGUUCCUAGCUUGGUCCUGAAUGCAUGGUAGCAAUCUUACAUGAAGAGACCAUAGCAGUAUGUUUGAUAUGUUAGGAAGGCUUGUAGUAGUCUUCAUUACAUAUUAGUAUUUUCUACUUUUUUUUAAAUGGAAUUCUGUAGCAUGAGGGUUAUCUGUACAUGUGCAAUUAGUUUUGGGUUUGGCCCUGUUUUAAGAGCCAGGUGGAGACAUCUUUUUUAAAAUCUAAAGUAACAACACAUGUUUGUUCACCACAUAAAUGUUUACAUAAUGUACUGUGGAGCAACAUGUACUUAUAAGGCUAUUAUGUAGAAAACAAAAGAAGGUAUUUCAAUGAGGUAGUAUGCUUAGUCUGUGAAUGAAAUUUUCUUUCCCCCCUGAAGGCCCAUGUUUCAUGUAGCUGUCUUGUUGGUUAACCCAUUUAACAAGACUGCAUUUAUUUUGUUGUCCUUUGUUUUUCUCCCAGUCCAAGUGUUUGAUGUUGCUAACAUUGCAGGUACUUCACCAACCCCAAGGUGUAUACUAUACAAUCUAUUCUCCUUUCCUUGCAAUACAGCAAUGCUGCUUCUAGAAAACAAGCACAACAAAUUACACUCAACAAAAAUUCAAAUGCAACAUUUUUGCUCCCAUUUCCCCGAGUAGAAGAUCAAAGGGUUGACCGUCUCAUUUUCCUCAACUUUUGUCCAUGAAUUGGCCAAGCUCAUGUUAUGCUUUUUAUCACAUUUCCAAACCAGGGCCCAACCAGGCAGCUUUAGAGAAUGAAAAGCACAAUAUAAGAGACAACAAAACACACAGAAUGUGAUAGACUUAUUCAUGUCGGACUCCAUAAUUUGUGUGAUUUCCACAACGGACGCUUUUAUUUUUCGUUUUUGCAAACAGCCUGGCCAGGCCCUGGUUUGGAAAUGUGACCUUUAAGCAUUGGUCCAUCCUAUUAAUGGAUGAAGGAUGAUCCAUCCUAUUAAUGGAUGAAGGAUAUCAAAAUGAUAAUUAAACAACAUUGGAUUGAUGGAUGAUCUGAAUAAAGGACAAAUGCCCUUUGCAUGGAUUUAUAAAAACAUGUAAACAAACUUUGAGAAAACUAAGCUUUUUGCAUUGACAGACUGCAAAGCAAAAACAAAAUUGCUGCUUUUCUAUUUUUGUUGAGUACAUAAAGCACAACAGGAGUACUUAUUACUGUUAUCAUGUACAUGUACAGCUAUCACCUUCAAAUUUAAGAAUUGUGCAUAUGGAUAUGAUGGUGUUCAUAAAGGCCUGAUAUAGGUCAAAGUUCUAUGGUAUUGUGUAUAAAACAUUUUCCAAGGUAUUCCAGAGGUCCAAAUGUUUAGUGUUAGUGGUUGACGUAGAUGUAGAAUUCAGCUGUAUAUUGGUGACAGUGUCUGUGUUCAAUGUAAUGUAUUGGAGUUUGGGUGGAUGAUUGUUCAUAAUCUGUGAUGACAAAAUUUUAUUUAUUUGUUCCCUCUCCUGACUAGUCUUCAUGCCAAUGUCAUUCAACUUCAUGACUAACAACUGGUUCAACAUUAGGAACGACUGCUAAGACCAGGCAUUGCCACUGAUAUGGGAAAGUGUCUGACAUGGAAAGUUCAUGACUUUGCAACUGUGAAAGUUUUCCUUUAAGAUGAAGCAAUAACUCCUUGCUACCCAGUAAGUGGUAAACUCUUGAUGCUAAAGCUAGCAGACACAUUUUCAUGGCAGACGUGAAUUUGGCCAUGGUUCAGUCACCAUUGAGUUUGUGCUUCAUUCAGAUUCAGUCUGUGUCAUCGAGGAAAUAGAAUUGAUGUUGGUUCAUUUGGAAAGGGAACGGUUUUGUAGAUAGAGUCGUUACCUACUGUGCUCCUCACAGUUAGAAUACUUUCAGGGCUGCAUAGGUGUAUGAACAGAACAUGUAGAUCAGAGCCCAUCUUUUGCUUGUAACAUGAAGUAGCAUGUUGUAGAUGUUAUUUUCCCUAGUUGCAGUCUAUAUUCAGGAAAAGACCGUUAAUACUGUAGAUGGUUUUUAUGAAAUAAAGUUUUUAAACCAAAA